CAGCUCAUUUAGACGAGGUUCCAAAGUGCACAGACGGGAAUUACGUAGUUUCUAAGCAGUUCACAGUUAUUUUGACGCCACCACAAAGUAACCAUGGAAUGAUAAGAAAUUAUCACGAGUUAUCAGCAAGCCAAUGAGUAACUCUGAGCGAGAAAGAGAGAGAGAGAGAGAGAGCGAGCUCCUGAUAGAGAGAGGGCAAGCCCCUGGCAGACAAACACACAUAGAAGAAAGCAUUAAGUGCAUAAUACAUAAGUCUGCAAACAUAUUCAACAUUAGGAAUCCAUUAGAGUCCAGCCUUAUCUUUGUUCUUUAUUUAUAUUCUUCUUUUUUUUGUCGUCAGCCUGUUAUCAGCCAAAGCGUUGAGCGACUAGAAAAUCGGGCCAUCCAAAUCGACAGUUCAGUUGAAUUUAAGCAGCAGUCAAGUGCGGUCUGUACAAAAUACAAAUUCAAUUAAACACAAGUUUAUCCUUAACAAACAAAGAACACUUAAUAAACAAUAAAUUAAUAAAGUAAUAAGAAUCUUCAUCAAGUGCUUAAGCAGCUGUAACUAACAAUAAUAUAUCAGCCGAAAACUAAAAGCAUUUAGCUUAUUUAAUAUAUACUUUUAAAUAUACAUAAUAUAUAAUAUAUGCACAUAUUGAUGUCUAUAUAAUCACACAUCUUUGGUGUGACUGAUAAGCCAGACAGACAACAAUAAAUUCGCGUGUCAACUUUUGAACCCACCUCGGCUGCAAUGAUUUCCCAUACAGUGAGAGUAUUCAAACUGAUGUAUAUCGUGGCUGGCAUUCUGAUCAGCAAUGAGGAAAUCUGCGAUACUGUGGAUCGCAUUCAAAUCGCACCACGCGUCGAAAUGAAGCCAGAACUCGAGCCGGAGCGGGGGCAGUUGCAGCAGAGGGGGGAGAAAGACUCGCCACGUUCGAAACGGCGACGCAAAGUGAGCGUCACCGAGCUGGCUGGCGGUGUGGUGCGUGGGGUCACCAGCAAGGUGACCAGCAAGGUCAUCACCAGUCGCCUGGGCAGUCGACUCAGCUGGGUGUACGAUGUGCCCCAGAUACUCGGCAAGUGGCGCUCUCUAGCGCUCAGUUUCACGGUGUGGACCAUACCCAACUGGCUGAUGGAGUACACGUCCAGCUACAUCAGCAGGAAGUUCUUCCUCAACAGCGACUGUGAUUUGAUCUACAAGUGAGCGAGUGCAUCCUGCAUAUAUAUAUACAUAUAUCUAUGCAGUUGGGUAUUUCGGCUAGAGUUGCCCAUUGUCAGUAUCUCGCAAUACCAUUUAAUAUAUGUAGCUGACUUAGCUUAAGUUUUUGCCUACCAAUUGUUGGUAAUCUCCACAAAUAUUAGCUGUAAGUCACAAUUUCAUUUUUGAGUACAAUGCAAUUACUCUAUUUACUCAUCAGCUUGUAAUCAUGGAAGGGUAUUUAGUUGUCGGCACUUCGAAUUAUAACUCUUCGUUCACGUUUCUCCUUUGCGAGUUGAAGUGAAAUUUAUUUAAGUUUUAGAAAUAAGUCGCGUAUUUAGGCAUAAGUUCAAAUAAAGUUAAAGUUUGCCAACAAUUAGACAUCGAA